UACCAAUAAAGGCGAUAUUUGCCCCACUUUUCGCUCUGCUUCCGUGUCACAUCUGACACCGUGGGGGGUGAUUUUGAUCUAUAUUACUACAGACAUAAUUAAGCGACCGACAUUAAUCAUAUUUUCCCUGGAGCGUUUGCUGGCCAUCACCAAUCCAUUUCUCUUCCAAAAACUAAAAGGCAAUGUUUAUCCCAGAGUGAUUGUCGUGAUGGCCUUCCUGUUGGGCGGCACAGCAUCCUUCUACGUUGUCUAUGAUUAUUAUGCCUAUGAUUAUCCGAAUAUGGCGCGCAAGGAUAACAAUCUACCGGAAUAUGUGCGUUCGCCGAGCUACAUGAAAUGGGAUAAACUGCAGAAGAGAUCUGAGGCUUUUAUUUUCAUUGGACAGUUCUUUGCCCUAAUAAUCAUUAACUCCCUUGUCGCUAUUGUGGUGGCACGCAUCUUCCGCGGCGUCCGUAUGGGAAACGACAAAGUGACCGUGGUCGCCAAGUCGGGUGACAAAAAACGUACCGCCCAGCAACAGCGCAACAGUGUAUUAAUACACUGGAAGAAGGAAUAUUCCUUCUUCUGGGCAGUGUUGUCCUUUAUCUUACGACACAAUUCCCGACGCUAAUCCAUCUGAUCUUGAGCACUGCCGCCGACGUAAUGGGGACCUACCAGUACGACCGCGGCCCGCGUACGGCCGCCCAGCCCUGCGUACUGAUGGCGCAAUAUAUUAACUAUGCUGCUAAUUUCCUCAUAUACAUGACAGUCAGUCAGCAGUUUCGCGCACAAGUCACCGACGUCUUCGGACAGUACCGGUGUGGACGUUGGGUACAAGCACAAAAAAAGAAACUCUUCCCACGCAAAACGUCGACCAAACCAACGA